UAGCAGCAGCUUGAUUCAGUCCAUUGGACGAGCUUGUGGAAAAGAGAGGGUUUUUACAGAGUAACGUCGUUUGAUUUCGACUCUUACUUUACACCAGAAGAGGUUCUAGGUAUUGUUAAUAUCAUGCGUUUGAUUUAACCGCGGUCAGAAAGCUAACGGAACAUUUAGCUAACUAAGCUAACCAGCGGUUAUUUCACGGUGUGUCUGUCAAAUCAGUCCUUCCCCCUGAGCACACCGCGUUUCGAGCUGCGGUUCAAACAUCACGGAGAGGGGGGCGGGCAGGAAACAUGACCAGUUUUGCCAGUAAAAUGUUUUGCAGGGUCGAGAGACUGUGUCACCACCUCCCCGUGGCCCUCAACACUUUCCUGGUCUUCUCCAUCACCGGGGAGGUGAGCUACCUGGUUCUGGUCGAGGCUCCGCUGGAGGCGGACCAGAAGAAGACGGAGUGGUCCGCCUGGUGGAAGAUGGUCCACCUGCUGGCCCAGUACUUCAUGUUGGGGAACAUCUGCUGGAACGCCCUGCUCUUCCUCAAAACCAGCCCCAGCAUCAAGGGGGUGUUCCUGGGAGGAGAGGGCAUGGGCCAAGGAUGGAGGUACUGUUAUACAUGCGAGACACACACUCCUCCUCGCUGUUCCCACUGCUAUGACUGCAAAGUGUGUGUGCUGCGGCGGGAUCACCACUGUGUCUUUUUUGGCCAGUGUGUGGGCUUCCGUAACUACCGCUUCUUCCUGAGCUGCUUGUUGUUUAUGUGGUCUGGGCUCCUGUACGCCACGCUGAUGAACGCAGAGGUCUUCAUUGUCAUAUUGAAGGAGGGGGUCACUGUGCACAGCGUCCUGCUGCUGCUCAUACCCUGGAUCAUGCUUGUUUCAGGCCAGGUCUCAGCGCGUGCCUUUGCCUUUGCCUUCAUCGCUGACACAUGUGUGGUGGGCUUCCUUCUGGUGUCUGCCUUCUUCUUUUUCCAUCUCUUCCUGCUGUUUCGGGGACAGACCACCAGGGAGUGGUACUCAUCCCGCCGACCCUACAGCCUGGGACUCCUGGGCAACUUGCGUCACACCCUGGGCCUUCGCUGGUACCUUUGCUGGCUCUGCCCGCUCAUCCCAUCUCCUCUUCCUGGAGAUGGGAUAAACUUCCAGGUCACAGGAUCAUUGGAACCCACUCAGUAAUGACUAAAAAGUCUGAACAUUAACAGGCUAUGUGUCUUUACUCUAGUGGUGAUGGUUAAUGUUAUUGGGGAGCAGCAGCAGGGAAGAUCACCUCAGUUAAAGUAGCUUGGGAUGGGGAGAUGCUAGCAUAGUGUGUGGUUGUUAAAGAUGUUACUGGGUAUAACUGUCUACCAGUGUCUUCUCAGUCUCCUUUUCCUAUGCUGAGACAAAGAAAUUAUGGGUAGAAACUGUGGAAGGUAGACUGACCUUGACCUAAAGGUGAUCUGUACACUCAUUGAGGCUGGCUUCAGAAUAUUAACACAGAAGUUAGCAGUGUUCCUUUGGAAUACCAAGCACUGAAAAUGUAUGUAAACAACACUGAAACAAGAAUGUAUUUUAUUGAUUCUGAAAAAUUUACAGUUUUAAAUCCACAUCACACAGGCACUUGCAGUUACCAGCUCUUGGGUAGUCGUCCUCCUGGAAUAAAUUACUUCUUAAUUGCACUUUUCUCACACGGUUAAGUUGCCAAAAUCUGAAGGUUGAGCAAAUUUGGCAUGCACUGUUCCUGAAUAGACCAUAGGAUUACAAAAUACACCACCAUUAGCCUGUUGUCAGCUGUCAUACAUUAGCUACUAUGAUCACAAUGUGCGUGUGCUCUCCACUCCUGAACUGAGCUUAUUACACUGAACUUCUUGCUGGAUAUAAUUGCACCACAUUUUGACAAUGAGGGCAAUGACGGGGGGUUUACAAUGAUGUCUCAACAUAUAGAGGACAACAUAUGUGUAAGAAAACAAUCAGCAGAAAUUGUACAUGGUGUGAAACCUAGCAUUGCAGUUUACAGACUAACGUAAAGUCAUUUAGUGAAUGCAGUAUUUAAAAUCUACCUACGAACAUCACAACAGUCUUUCUCCAUGUUUCACAUCACAUUGUUCAUGUUUCAGUGAAUCAGGGACAACAACAAACCAAACCUACAGUGUAACAACAUGACAUACACUGACUCAAAUGACUGUUCUGUCCCAGUUUCCUACUAUGUCCUAAUUGUUUUUGCAGUCGUCAUCCAAGAUAUCAACAUACUUUACCGAUGAUACAAACACUUGCGCUGUCAGUCAUCGGUCAGACUGUGACUUCAGAAAGCCACUGGCAUUUAAACUUAACGAAGACAAAGCAACAUGUUUUUUCAAAAAUUUUAUAGACUUUUUUUUAUUUUCUGAUGUGUUCCUGGAGCUGUUUCACCUGAUCUGAACGUAGUUUAUUUUGUUACAUCUCUGGUUUGAACACACCACAAACUCAAAACCUGCCUUGAUUCAGUAAGUAGUAUGGAUUGGAGACACAUUUUACAGCACUUCAUGCCAAUUUAACAUACAUUGCCUAAUUAAAACACCCCCCCAGCCCCACUAUCCACCCCUCUUUUGCACCUUUUCUUUAUGUGACUUUAUUAUACUGGCCUUAAAAUGAAAUGGAAAAAUCGCAAGCCUUUGUUUUGACAGGUGCUCUUACUUGUCCUACACUAAAUUUACCUUACAACCAAAAAUAUUCUUUGUCAGUAUUCUUAGUUGUUUUGCUAAAUAUAUAUGUCUGCUUAAUCUCUGUUUUUUAGUGCUAUUUCAAAUGGGUCGCACCAUUUGAUGUUUUGCCAUUUUAAGGUGAUUAAAUCAAUGGUGUCAAAGGACGUUAGUCAAUAUUGAGAAAAUGUUUAGUUGUAUUAUUUGUGUUAUUGCGUUAUUUUGUACUCUGGAAAUUGAUGUGGUGUAAGAUGUGUUGUAGUGAUUAAAUUUGUGA